GCGAUAGUUGGUGUUGCCAUCUUAAAAAGAAUAAAUAUUGCAACGUCGCAAUUUAGCGUCUGAGUGAGUAGAAGUAACCAAGAUGUCUGAAAAUUGGGUAGAACAAGUUAGCGUACCCAUUGACUGUCAUUACAACUUGUAAUUUAUUUAAAGAAAUAUUUACUCAUCAAUAAUUCCUUUUAUAUCAAUAGCCAACACAGCCAAGCAACAAUUUGUUCAUCUUCACCGGAUUUUAAUAAUAUUUAUUUAUGAUACUUAAAUGUAUACGAGAAAAUGACUAUGAGUAAUUGGUAGAAGCUAGUUUUAAAAAAUAUAAAGAUGUCAAGUGAUAGUGAUCAUACACCGAAACCAUGUAAACGGCUCCGCUGUUUAAUAUCUGACAGCAGUGAGAGCAGCAGUGAUGAGUCUGUAAUUGCUAGGAUUCGCCGUAAACGCCGGACUCAUAUGAAGGUAGUUAGCGACGAUGACAGCAGCGACGAGGAUGUCAUCAACCCGAAAGGAAAAAGAAAUAGGAAUAAGGCAUUAGAAUCUGACAGUGAUAGCUACAGUAGUGGAAGUAAUUAUUCACGUGGAUCGACGAGCCCUGAGUGGGAAUCAGACUGGGAGAGUAGCAGUGGGAAUGAGUCAGAUGAACAGAUAAUUGUUGAUGAUUCUCCUCCUAAGAAUAAAAAACAGCGGAGGAAAGAUAAUAAAGCUAAGCCAGAAGCCCCAAAGAGUCCUGAGAAUGUCGAGUCCGAUGAGAGUGAUGGCACUGCUGAAAAAUGUCCGAUUUGUUUAUUAUCUUUCCGACAUCAACAGAUAGCCACACCGUCAUCUUGCGAACACUGUUUUUGCUUGCUGUGUUUGACGGAGUGGAGUAAAAAUAUAAACACUUGUCCAGUUGAUCGCCAGACAUUUACGACGAUUAAUAUCAAAGCUAAACUUGACGGCCCAGUUAUAAACAGUAUACCGGUUCAGCCCAAAAAUGAUACUGUCGAACAAGUGCAAGAAGACCCGACGUAUUGUGAGGUCUGUCGUCAAUCUGAUCGUGAAGAUCGGCUGCUCUUGUGUGAUCGUUGUGACUGUGGGUAUCACUUGGAAUGUCUGACACCUCCAAUGGAUGAAGUUCCUUAUGACGAGUGGUACUGCCCUCGGUGUUCUGCUUAUGACUCACAAGUUAAUCCAUCGGCUAAUAAUGCAUCGGUCCGAUUUAAUGAUAUGAUGGCUACAGUACGAUGCCUUGGUAUGACUUACGGAAGAAGAGAAGCGAGAUUGUCUUCACAAUAUGAAACUGCAGGUCUCUUUGGGCUAGUACCGCAACGGCUUGUACCCCGAACACGUCAAACGGAACGUGUGCGUGCUAAUAUUCGUGCUAACCGCAUUAUAAGAACAAAUGAUGACCGGAUAACACCACAACGCGUAUUUGAUCCUGAUCAACCUUCGACUUCGUCAGGCUUUGAUUCAAUAUCAGAAAACAGCCGCGGUCGUUCACCCAACUCAAGCGCAAUUAGAAAUUUUCCUCACCAUAGCCGACACACUGCCAGUAAAUCAAAAUCUAAAACUCGCCCUAAAGCAACAAGUAGGAAAAAGAAAACUCCUAAGCGUAAAAAAGACAAUUCAGAACCACUGGUACAGAAAGUUAUCAUCAAAGAGUAUGGUACCGAUGGUGAAGAAAGGGAAAUAGUGAGUUACGUCAAAGUCAAGAACGGAACAACCCGGAAAUGUAAGAAGCGAGCAAGAAAAUCCUUCAAGAGACGGAAAAAUAAAUAUCAUCGCAGAGCUUGCCGGCGAAUAGGCAAUAUUAAAUCUGUGAGAAAAAGAGUAGCUAUUGCAUUAAAUAUGGCUAAAAAAAAAUCAGCUAAUCCAAUUGGAUUAAUAUCGGUAAAUAAUCAAAGCUCCUCAGUACCUCAACGAACUGAGUUAACAAACGCGAGACAUCAAGCCGGCAUACCACAACUUAAUUUAUUUGGAAAUAAUUUACCCUUAGAUUACUAUCCCUUCGGGUCAGAUGACGAAGUAAAUCCAUCUGUAAGUGAAGAAGAUGGUAUUAGUGGCGGUAACGUCGUUAGUGUUAGUCGUCACAGUGCCUCCUCGAUAAAUGCUAUUAGACGCCGGCUCGCGUUAAAGACUCGCGUAAGCCGCGUUCCAACUACUGAAUCACAACCAAUUAUUACAGAUUUACUUGCUAAUAUUAUCAGCUGUCAAGAGCUGUGGCAUUCCAAGGACACUAAAAUAAAUUUAAAAGCCGAUGGCACGUUGAUACCGGAAAAGAAAAAUAACAAUACCGAUGUAGUUAGAAAUAAUGAUAAUACGUUGAUUAAAGAAUUUAAUCAACCACCAAGUAAUAAUAAUAAUAAUAAUAAUAGUAUUAUUGAUCCCGUAACCGAAAAUACAGGGUCAUCAAAUAUUAACGCUGCAGACAUUGUUCAAGCACCGAUGUAUAAUAAUUCACGGGGUGGUAACUCGGACAAUGCUGGUGGUGGUGGAUCUUUCAGAGGGAAUUAUCAUAAUAGAGGUCACCAUGGUCACAAUAGAAAUGACUACGGUCCCCCGCGGGACUCUUAUUCAGGUAACGGGCCACCGAUGUACGGUGGACCUGGACCACGUGAUAAUUUUGGUCACGGUGACUUCCAUCAACCACCGCCGUUACUUGAUUUUGGGCAUAAUCGACGACAGCCUCAUUUACCUGGAAUCCACCGUAAUCGUAACAAUCAUUUUCGUAAUAAUCCCGGUCGUGGGCGUAAUUUUAAUAUGGACAGAGAUAGAGAUAGAGGGGGGUUCAGACCGAUGGAUAAUAUCCAACAUUCAAAUUUUCAACAACCCAAUACAUUUAAUAAUAAUAAUAAUAAUAAUAAUAAUAAUCCUAAUAUAUGUAAUACUAGUACAGCAGCUCUACCGAGUAAUGUCUCAAAUUUAUCACUUCAAGAUACUCCUGAUAAUUUAACAUCGGCUAAUAUCGAUGCUAAUGUAGUAGAAAAUACAACAGCAGAAGGUGCUGGCAGUUCGUCUGUAGUUACUGACGUUAAUUUAAUAAAUGAACUGCCAGGUGAUGUUGCUACUGAACAAACUCCCGAUACCGAAGAGUGUGAUCUUUAUAGUGAUAUUGAAAUGCCAGUUAAAUCAAGUGACAAUCAAGAGGAUGAUGAUGAUGAUAAGGAGAAGAAAGACGGGGAGGAUUAUAAUAAUGCUGAUGGGAAUAGUUCUGUGGAAGCUCUCUUACCGCCACCAAUACCACCCUCAGAUUUAUUAGACUUUGAGGAUAACAUGAAGAGUGAUAAUGAAAGUGAUAAUAAUGAUUUAGUUAUUGAUGAUACACCAAAAGAUCCUGUUAAUACUGACACUAAAGACACUAAGACAGACGACAUAUAUGAUCCAUUUGCUGUUUUAGAUAGUGAUAGUAAUGAUAGCAAUCCACGUGAUGUUAAUGUAAAAAAUAAUAACAAUGAUGAGCAAGCCGAGAGUAGCACCAAUUUAGAUUCCAGUGUUAACUCAUCUACAUUACCACCUUUAGAACCACCACCUAUGCCGCCAGAAUUCGCAGCUAUCGUUGAUAUGUCCGGUGAUAUGAAAGAUACUAAAAAAGAUUCACUUACUCUAUUGGGUACUUAUUACAACGACGAUGACGAUGAUGAUAAUCCUAAUAACGACGAGGAUGAUGAUGAUGAAGCUAAAGGUGACUGUCCUAAUUUUUCAAUUUAUUCUUCGGAAACUAUGGACGUUGCACGACACGCUGAGCAGGAAUUAACACAACAAAUAGGUCCUCUUGAACCACCACCAAUGCCGCCGAUAAUGCCUGAUGAUGAUGACAUCAUUGUUGCUGAUGUACAGGGAUGCGAUUUAGCAGACAUUCCUGAACCAGUUGAUCCUUAUAUUGAGUCAUUGCAAAAAGAACGACAGACAUUGAGUAAAAUACCGACAAAAAAAUUAUCUAUCGAUUCACGUGGUAAAAUAACAUUUAAAAUCGGUAACAUAUCUAAAUUGAAUAAUAAAUUGUCCAACUUGCAAGAUCAGUUUGAAGAUACUGUGUCGACUUCUAUGGAUAAAGACAAAGAGUCGAAAGAUAAGGAGGUUAAAGAUAAAGAAUUGAAAGAUAAGGAGGUAAAAGAUAAAGAAUUGAAAGAGAAGGUGGUAAAAGAUAAAGAACUAAAAAGUAAAGAUCUGAAGGAUAAAGAGUCGAAGGAUAAAGAAGUUAAGGAAAAAGAGUCUAAGGACAAGGAGUUAAAAGAUAAAGAAUUGAAGGAAAAAGAAUUAAGUGAAAAAGAAAGUGAAUUAUUUUUAAUGAAAAAAGUACAUGAUGAAGAAAUACAAAGUGAUAAUAAUGAUGAUGAUGAUGAAAAUGCAGCUAAUCGAACUACCGAGAGUAGUAAAGAAGAUAAAGAAGACGAAGAAGAGGAAGAAGAAGAAGAAGUAGAAAUGGUAGAAGAAGAUGAGGAAGAGUUUGUAUUAAUGAAAUGUGAUUCACCUGCGGUCAAAGCAAAUAAAGAAGACGACAAAGCUGGUGAGAAAAUGUCAGUUGGUGAAAAUGAAAAAACGGCAGAUAAUUCUAGCAGUAAAUCUGGCUCAGAUAUACAAGCAUCAAAUGCCGCUGAAAAUAUUGAUGCAGUAAUUGAAGAAAAUAUUUCAUUGAGUAAAUCAAUAUCUGAUUUAAUGGAGGAGCCUGAGGAAUUGAAACUACGUAAGGAUAAUGUUGAAAGUAAUCACGAAGCGAAGAGUACCGCUGAGAAUGAAAUUUGGGAAUCCGAUGGUGCUUAUACUCCGUGUAAAGAUGAAAUGCCUGUGAAAGAUAAAAGUGACACAACUAAUGAAACUACUACGGAAGUAACAUUUGAUACUGGGUUAGAACCAAUCACACCGCCGCCUAAAGACAGAUCGACUGAUGAUUUGGGUGCCCGGUGUCCGACACCAAGUGAAUACGCGGGCUUAGGUACGGAAGCUAUUUCUGAAACAGAUGAGCCCAUUAAUUUUGAAGAGGAAUUAUCGGUGUUACAGCGUAAAGAGAAAGAAUUAGAAGAAGGUGAAGUGACCGACGAGAACAAGGCACCUACUAGUAAUUCUAAAAAGCAAGAUAAGUCGUCCGAUACUGAUAACAACACAGACACCCGUAAGAAGAAAAAAAGUAAGCGAGAUAGGUGUAAAGAGGCCAGUGAAAAGAAUAAAGAAAAUAUAUCAUCCGAUAAUCAAGUCGAGUGGAAAAAAAUAUCUAAAAGUACAAAAGAGCGAUCUUAUCGGGAGAAAAGUAAAAAUUAUGAGUCAGGUGAUAAGGAUAAAAAUAAAGAAAAGAAUAAGUAUCGUGAUAGAAGUAAAGAUCGUGCUAAGAAACAUAGUAAGGAUGACAAUGACAAGAAAAAAGUUAAACGAAAGGAAUUACCGCGUUAUGAUGUGAGAAAAAUAGUAUCUGAAAAACCCGUCAGACCACGAAAAGAUGAGUAUGGAAGAGACAUACGUGACUUAUCAUUAAGCUUAUCACCAAGUCGUAGUAUAAUUCGUGCUAAUAGGAGAUCACACUCUCGUUUAAGUCGUUCCUACUCGCCUAGAAUGAAUUUGCGUAAAAGUCGAUCGUGGUCACGAGGUCAUCGUCCACGUUCGCGAUCUCCAAAUCGAUCGUCGCCCUACAAACAAUCUCUAUCACGAUCACGUAAAAAAUCAGUCACACGUGAUCGCCGAUCUUUGUCAAGGAGACGAUCAAGAUCCCCGCCAACGAAUCGGCGUAACCAGCGAGUAUCACCUGCCCGUCAACACCAGCUCCGGAGAAGUAAGAAAAAACAAUCACUUUCACGAAAAAAUAGAUCAAGAACGCGAUCUUGGUCUCGUUCACGAUCGAGGUCUCGUGUACGAACACGUUCGAGGUCCCGAGGACGAUCAAGGUCGCGAUCGCGAGUACGAAUGAGAUCGAGAUCAAAAUCUAGGACAAGUUCAAAGUCGCCGUCGAAAACCAGGUCAAGAUCACGGGGUGCUAAGAAGAAAGAUAAACUCAAAAAGCAAAAGUCUCCUAGUCAUUCACGGCGACGCAAACGAUCAAGAAGUCGGAGUAAGACACCGACAUCUAAGAAAACACCCAAGUCACGAAGCAAGAGACGUAAUAAACGUGAUUCUAACAUUGCUCAAGCAAAUACUUCCCACUCAUUCAUUACUAGAUCAAGAUCACGUGAACGUUCUUAUUCACAUGACAGAAAUCACAGCAGAAAUUGGAACAAAAUCAAUGACAAGGAUAUCGACCUUAGUCCUUUUGGCAUGCGGGGUGAUAAAGAUCAACCGGUUUCAGCAAACGCCGCGGUGUCGUGGAGUGCGCAAUGGACACCCUCAUGGUCACGAUCACGUUCACGUACACCCAUUGCCAUAAAUAAACAACGGGACGAUCAUCUCAUGCAAUCUCACAAUUGGUCACCAACUUCAAGUUCGAUCGGUGAUUUGAUAGCCGCACAGUCACUUAAUUUACCACCUUCAUCACCACCCUCUCAGUCCUCAAUGUUAUUGGCUUCUAUGAGUAACGCUGUCGGGAAUAUUAAUGGAGCCAAUCCAUCAGCUCCCACGCAGCUGGACAAUAUUGUGUCGCCGAAAAAUUUAACUGUCAUUCUUCGUAAUAAAGAUGCCAAUAAAAGUAAAAAGAAGAAAGACAAGCGUUCAAAGGAAAAGAAAAAAUCACGCGAUGUUGAUCGUCGCAAAAGUAGUAGUAAGCGUAAUCGUACACCGCCACCCUCAAAAGAAGUGUUUGCCAGUGGCGAUAAUAUUUUGGUCAGUGUAUGUUUCAAUAAUGAAAAUACUGGAGGACAAUCAAAUAAUAUGUCUAUGAACUUGACUGACACAUUGCCACUGCUGACGACGGCUAAACGACGACGACGUGAACCUAUUCAACCUGACGAACAAAUUCAACCGGCUAAAAAACCAAAGAAAGAUAAAUCUAAAGACAAAAAAUCACGUCCAUCGCCCAAGGUCAAUAAGAGAGAUAAAAAAAGAAAAUCAAAGGCCGCUGAAAUAGCGGCUACUAAAAAACCUGUUGCUGUUAUUGAUUUAGAUCAGUCUCCAUUCCGUGAACAAACACUCUCGCCACAGGACGUUAUUGUUUUAAGUGACGACGACAAUGUUGGUAAUAAUGAUAAUAAUAACAUUAAUAACAGCAACAAUGGUAACAAUGGUGGCAAUGAAGAAAGAAAUAAUACAAAUAUUAUGAACAGCAGUCAUGACAAUACUAUUAAUACUAGUAAUAAUAGUGAGCAUAAUAACAUUUCAAAUGAUAAUAAUAAUGGUGUAGGUGGUGGUAAUAAUCAAAAUAAUGACGUCUAUGAUGAUGACGAUGAGGAUGAUCGUGAUCACGACGAAGACAAUGGCAUGUUUAUGUUUGCUAAUCAACAACAAGAUGAUAACAAUCAGCUGGGCAAAGGAGAUGACAAGGCGAUGCAACAAGAGCAUCAGCAAAUGAAACUGCUGCAGCAAAAACGUCUUAAACUGUCGGAACACGAGCAAUUCAUGAUUCAGGGACCUAAGACUCCACCGGAACCUCAAGUUAAAUUUUCAAUCAGCAAACAGCAGAGUAACCUGAGGUCUAUUAUAAUGCAUCCGCUUUUCAAUAGAGAUCGUGACGAUGAAAUGGAAAUAGAUGGGCAGUUGAACAUAAACACUAAUGUGUCACGAGGUAAAGAAGGAGUACAAAAUGAAAUAUUCGAUGAAAAUGACAGCGUUGAGAUAAAUAAUAGAUUGAUGAGUCAAGACCAGGCUGCUGAUAAAAGUAUGGAGCUUGAUCAGGAAGAAAUGGGAGAUGAUAGCAAUAAGAAAGGAGACGGUCAUCAAGUUGCGGACGAUGAUGACGGCGAGCAAGAUGACGAAGAUGGCGAGGAUGAAGAAGAAGAUCGGGAGGAUGAUGAAGAUGAACAAAUAAAAGGAGACGGAAAAGGAAUGGGCGAUGAGGCUAAGAAACAGGGUGACAAGGAAAAGAGGAUGGAUGAUGAGUCGGAUCGUGAUAAGAGCGAUAAGAAAGCAUCCAAGAGUGAUAACAAAAAUUCCGAGGUUAUAGAUUUAUGUAAAAUAGGUCCAAAUACGCCACCUGAACCGCCAAAUUCACCUCUGACCUCACCUGAUGUCUAUGACCCAUUCGACCCAACUAAAUCUAGAUCACCUACACCCAGCGUCAUUGAGGAGCCUCAUUUGCCUAGUGAUCAGAAGCAUGCUAACAAAGGUUCUGAUUUGAAUACCAACAAUGAGAAACAAGAGGGCGAUAAACCAAAGGUGAUAUCUAUGGUGACGAUAAAACGCGCAUUGUCGCCAGAAAAAGCUACUGCUACAACAGCUAAAGCUCUCGACACAAGGAUAGAAGCUAACAUGACGAUCGAUCUCUUAAAUCAGAAUUCAGCUUCAGCUGCUAAUAUCAGUUGUUUCACAACGAUAAAUCCUGUUCUGGCAACAGUAGCUGCAGCAGUUCAACGCAGUGGUAUGUUUAAUUUAAAUAAUCCAUCUGCUGGUUACGGAAUCACUGCGCAAAGAAAUACUACCGGUCAUAUAAAUCGACUGUCACCUAGCAGCCAAUUGAAGCAGCAGCGAGCCAAUGAACGUGUACCUCAAUUAUCAAACUUAUUUGGUAAUUCUGUGAAGAAUAUAAAUGCUAAUUCACGGCUAAACAAAACUUCAACAAUGGACACCAGAAAUAGUAGCUCCAUGUUGACAAAUAAUGGUGGUGAUUUGGAAGCAAAUGACGCUACUAUUGACACAUCAUCACCCUAUUCACCUGGAUCGAGUUUAAGUGACGGUAUUUUUGAUCCACCUAGUCCUGCUAGAAAUCAUCACAGCCCACCACGAUUACAACUACCAUCCCUUAGUAAUUUAUCUAAUAUAAAUAAAAACACUAGUAAUAAUACUUCAGCAUCGAAAAAUACGAGAAGUAUGACGGAUAAAAAAGAUAUUUUUGAUUCAUUGUUUGACUCAUCGCCUAUAGUUAAAUUAAAUUCAAAUAAGCUACGCAACAUCAAUAAAAAGUCCUCGGAUAAAAGAAAAAAAAUGGGAAACUCAAAAAUUGGCGUACGCAUGGAUGAAAAUCAGCUGCAGAUACUCGAUGAUUUACCGAGUUCAGCCGUUGAAAUGCAAGUAAAAGACAAAUUUUUGAAGAAGCUUAACCGACAGGAACGUGUCGUUGAAGAAGUUAAAUUAGUACUGAAACCACAUUAUACUAAGAAACAUAUUAACAAGGACGAAUAUAAAGAUAUUAUGAGGAAAGCUGUGCCCAAGAUAUGCCACAAUAAGUCUGGAGAAAUAAAUCCUAAAAAAAUUGCUCACUUGGUAGAGGCUUAUGUCAAAAGAUGUCGGAAUAACAAACGUAAAUCAAUACCUGAAAUAAUUACAAAGCCAUCAGCAACAAUGACAGCUGCAACGACAAAUAAAAAUUUACGAUUAACAAAAACAGCUUGGAGUUGAUCAACAAUUGUAAACAUUAAUUAAUAAAAUGGUUUGUCAAGCGAGUUGGUAUGACUCGAUAAUUAUAAAAAAAUGUAUAUCAAACAGAAAGGACAAUUAUUGAUGACAUUAAUUGUCAACGGAGGAGUAAUCGUUUUAAUUCUAUGUAAAUACUUAAUUAAUUCAUUGUAUUAAAGCGCAAUAUUUGUAUUUAUCUUUAAAUAUAGCCUGUAAUACGCCACUGUUUAACACUAAAUAUCCGUAUUAUUGCUACAUUUUAUUAUGUAGAAUAAAAAAAUAAAAAUCUUA